AAAAGUGCAAGAGGUAGGGGAGAAUGGAAGGAAGGUAAGAAGAGAUACGAAGGACUGCAAGCUCAAUGAAGAAUGGAAAUAUGAGAACGAAAGCUGGUGAGAUAAUGAUCAGACGCUCCGAAAGGUUGUAUUAUGGAAGCAUUGGGAAAGGAAAGGUCGGUUUGUAGUGCAAGACCAUUCCUAUGGAUCGAUCGCUCAGAAAAAGUAGCGCCAUCCACGCUGUGGAAACUCACCGAGUGCUUCUCCUCCGAACAAAUCUCAUCACUGAACCAACAUCAGAACAAUCACAUGGAAAGCCGUAAACCAGUACUGGAGCUGAAAGAUGUUCCUCCUCCUCCUCUGCACCACAGUGCCUCUCAGUCCUUUCCUCUGGCUCCUCUCCCAGUUCCGCCUCCUUGCCUCCUCCCACAAGAGCCCAGGCCCCCCCAGUCUCAGCUUGGCGGUCCCAAAGUAAGCGUAUGUGCUCGUUGUGAGGCCAGCCUACACCUCCAGCACCGUACUGGCUCAAAAGAAAACAGGGGUCACAGUUUCAGUGACGUUGGUGAUGGAAGUAGCAGCAAUGCUACUACUGUUGGUGGUGGUCUAUCCUCUCUUUACAUCUCCCAGCCCCAGGGCACCAGCAUUGGCCGGGCCACCUGUCAGUCAUCCUCCUCCUCCUCCUCCACCCCUCACCUCACUUGUCACGGGCAGAUCCAGGCACCAGGCUUUGAGCUGCAGCUGCCCACGGUGGCUACCUCACAGCCGGUGGCCUCUCACUCUCACCACCCUUGCUGCACAGGGCUGAGGCAACUCCAUGGCUUCAGCUCUGCUCCAGGAACCCACAAUUUGCCCAAACUGGUGCCAGGUUCUGCUUCCGUGCACAGUGGCUGCCUGGCAUCUUCUGGGCACUGCCAGCCCUACCUUGGAGAUUACAGCCCCAGAAUCAGAUUGAAGAUGCACCCACAGUCACAUGGUGAUAACCUCACAUCAGCACAUCUUUGCUCCAAUCCUUUGCACCUAAAUGUUGAGCACACGGUUUGUCUAAAGGGAGCACACUGCUGCCAGGAAUGUCUGCGAAAGCCUGUCCAAGGUAUGGUAGUGGACGCUGAGAAGGUGUGGCCAAACAUCCCUCCUCCACAACACCAGUCUGCUCCCAUCCCCAUACCCCUGUGUAACGGCUGCGUUGUGUCCGGGAACCCCUCAGACGGCCUGCACCUACUAGGAUCCAGCCUGGGCAAACCAAACCAGAAGUUCGGUUCGCCUGAGAGUAGCGCUCAGGAAAGCCUACCGCCCGUGGGUGUGUUUUGGGACAUCGAGAACUGCGCGGUGCCCAGCGGGCGCUCGGCAGCCACGGUGGUCGAGCGUCUCCGCGAGCGCUUCUUUCAGGGUCACCGAGAAGCUGAGUUUAUCUGUGUGUGUGACAUCAGCAAAGAGAACAAGGCAGUUAUCCAAGAGCUUAAUAACUGUCAGGUGACGGUGGCCCACAUAAACGCCACAGCCAAAAACGCAGCCGACGACAAAUUGCGCCAGAGCUUACGCCGCUUCGCCGAAACUCACACCGCUCCCGCCACCGUCGUCGUAGUUUCCUCCGACGUGAACUUCGCCAGCGAGCUGAGCGAUCUGAGACAUCGCCACGGCUUUAAAGUCAUUCUGGUACAUAAGAGCCAAGCUUCUCCUGCCCUGCUGCAGCACGCACAUCAGCAUGUGCACUUCGAGGAUUUUGUCAGUGACUUGCCUCCCAGAAUGCUGGUUAAAUCUCAGCCCGGUUUCAACCUCCUAUUUGUGCACAACCUCCCCACCCACCGCGAUGCCAAGAGUGUGAGCAACAGGCUCCGCCGCCUGUCCGAUAACUGCGGAGGCAAAGUGUUGGGCAUCUCCGCGGGCACGGCCGUGCUGCGUUUCGGCAGCCAGGAGGCGGCGGAGCGCGCCCGCAAACGCAUGGAAAACGAGGACGUCCUCGGCUACCGCAUCAGCGUGUCGUUCUCGCCCGACGGCCCCGAGGCCGAGGAGGCCCUCCCCCCUCUUCCCUCCGCCUCUUCCUCCUCCGCAGUCUUCCUCCCCGUGGAGAAGCCGCGGUCGCCGCGACGGCCCAGGCGGACGGGCAGGCCGUGCCAGGGCGGCAGAGACGCUGUGGUGUCCGUCCCCGAACGGCCCUACAGCCCCAGGAAGGGCGGCCCCGUCCCGAAAGCCCCUCAGGAGGUUGGCGGCGUGGAGACCAAGCCAAAGAUGGGUUUCCAGCCUGACAAAGGCCGCGCCUCCUCUGCCUCCCCCCAGAGCAACGGAGAGGCCGCACAGCAGCACACGAACAGGGCCGGGUUCACCAGAGAGCUGCCCUACCACGGCAGGAGGAGGGACUCUCCUAACCUGCGCAGCACUGCUGACUCACCCAUGGAGCACUUCCAGGUCAGCACCCCUUCAGCCUUCAGCAAGCUCAGCCUACAGCGAACCUUCAGCCCCCUGCUCGUGCCCCAGAGCACCUGGUCCUCCCGGAGUGCGUCUCCCUGCGUAUCGAACCGCUCGUCCCCCCUGAGUGUGCCAUCCCGCAGCCCAUGUCCUGACACUCAGCCUGAACCUUUCUCAGACGGAGCAGACGUCCAGGUUUCCAACAUCGAUUACAGAAUGUCCCGGAAAGAGCUGCAGCAAAUCCUGCAGGAUACCUUUGCCAAACAUGGCCGGGUGAAGAAGGUGGAGCUCAGCCCACACACAGACUACCAGCUUAAGGCUAUAGUUCAGAUGGGCUCCCUGCAGCAAGCCAUCGGGGCCGUCAGCGUUCUGCAUCGCUACAAAAUAGGCAACAAACGUAUCCACGUGUCUCUCAUGACCGGAGCCAACAAUAAGUCCCUGGCUAACCUCAGCUCAGAGAUCAUUAGUGUUCUUCAGGAUGCGCCCGCCAACUGCCUGCCUUUACUCAAGUUCACCGAGAUCUAUGAGAAAAAGUUUGGUCGCAAACCGGUGGUGAAUGACCUGUACCGGCUGCCUGAGGUGGUGUCUGUGCGGGAGCAGGGUGGAGGGAGACUGGUGUGUCUCCUGCCCAGCAGUCAGUCCAGGCAGAGCCCCCUGGGCUCCUCUCAGUCGCAGGACGGCUCCUCUACCAGCGGCAGCCCCGUCGUCUUUGAGGAGCUGGAGUACCACGAGCCCGUCUGUAGACGCCAUUACACCCAGCACAAUUUUAGUGAGGCAGACUAUGACCCAGACACCUAUAAGAUUCCCUUUGUGGUGGUGUCUCUGAAGGCUCUGGCCGCCCACGUGCACAGCCUGCUACAGACACACGAGGGCACUGUCCCCCUGCUCAGUUUCCCAGAAUGCUAUGCUGCAGAGUUCAGUCCCCUGAGUGUGGCGGAGGAGGGUAAGCUGGAGGGCAGUGUUCCGCUGGAACACCUCAUCACCUGCAUCCCUGGCAUCACCAUAGUAACGGCGCAGAAUGGGUUUAAGGUCAUCAAAUGGAUACACAACAAACCCCCACCACCCAAUGCAGACCCGUGGCUACAGCGCUGUAAGAGUCCAGUAGGGAACCCUCAGCUGAUCCAGUUCAGUAGAGAGGUGGUGGAUCUGAUGAAGAGUCAGCCUUUCUGUAUGAUGCCAAUCACCAAGUUCAUCCCUGCCUACCACCACCACUUUGCCAAGCAGUGCAGAGUGUCUGACUACGGCUACUCCAAACUCCUGGAGCUCCUGGAGGCUGUUCCCCAUGUGCUGCAGAUUCUAGGCCUUGGCUCUAAGCGACUGUUGACACUCACCCAUCGUGCCCAGGUGAAACGCUUCACCCAGGACCUGCUCAAACUACUAAAGUUUCAAGCUAGCAAACAAGUGGUAAUCAAAGACUUCAUGCAGGCCUACCAUUGGUGCUUCUCCAGAGACUGGCGAGUCGUUGACUAUGGGAUGUGUGAUCUAAUGGAUCUGUUAGCAGAGAUCCCAGACACAACAGUUACCAUCACACAUCAGGAUUCAGACACUGUCAUAUCCGUGCCAAGAAGAGAGAGAACCGCAGAGGAGAUGGAGAGGACGAAGCAGUUUGGAAAGGAGGUGGUGGACCUGCUCCGUCACCAGCCUCACUUCCGCAUGCCUUUCAGCAAGUUCAUCCCCACCUACCACCACCACUUUGGACGCCAGUGCAAGCUGAUCUACUACGGCUUCACCAAGCUCAUGGACCUCUUUGAGGCCAUUCCCGACGUGCUCACCGUGCUGGAGUGCGGCGAGGAGAAGAUCCUCACGCUGACGGAGGUGGAGCGGGUGAAGGCCCUCGCGGCCCAGCUGGUGAAGCUGCUGCGUGCCCAGAAGGACGGCAGUCUGGCCGUGAGCAGGCUGCUGGGAGAGUACAGCAAGACCUUCGGCUACGGGCUCCGCCUGCAGGACUACGACGCCAACACCCUGCCCGCCCUGCUCCACAAACUCUGCCAUGUCAUCAAGGUGGUCGACGGAGCAGAGGAGCGGGAGGUGCAGCUGAUCAACCGGAAAUCUCUGCGAGCCCUGACGUCUCAGAUGCUGGCCCUGCUCAUGGCUCUGCCUGAGGACCAGGCCUGGCUCAGCGUGGACCAGCUCCGCGGCCAGUACGAGGCGGCCCACGACACCCCGCUCAACCCCUGCGAGUACGGCUUCGUCUCCCUCGGCGAGCUGCUCAAGAGCCUGCCCUACCUGGUGGAGCUGUUUGAAGGUGAGAUUGAGGAAGGGAAUAAGGAAGAACGAGUGAGACUGACCAAGCUUUACCAGUUCGCCCGCAACGUCCGUGCCCUCCUGCACACCUACCACUACAACCAGAUCUUCCUCACAGAGUUCUGGGGAGCUUUCAGCAAGUUCACCAGCCGAGAGCUACAGCCGCGUUCCUAUGGCUACAACACCCUGGACGAUCUAUUGGCUGCCAUACCACAGGUCGUGUGGAUCAAAGGCCACGGACACAAGAAGAUUAUUGUUCUGAAGAAUGACAUGAAGGCUCGAAGUAGUUCCACAACUACAGACAGUCCUCAGCCCGGGCCAGAGGGGCUGAGAGAGGGCAGUGAGACCCCAGACAGCGCCAAGGGCUUUAGAACAGAGAGCCCGGCGGGCAGUACAGGUGAGGCAGAGCUACUCUGCCUGAACUCAGGGUCUCCAGUGGACCUGCUGUGCGGCCCUGUCCCCUCCUGCCUCCCCUCCCCUCAGCUCCACCCGGAUCCUGUCCUCCUCCAGCAGGCCGACCUCAUCCGCUUUGAGGAGCAGACGCCUCCCCCCGGGGGUGAGCCAGAGCCGGUCCAGGAUCGGCAGCCUCAGGCAGCGGCCAUACCGUCUGAUUCGGCCGCCAACCUCCACGCUCCCCCACCCUCGGAGGCCGAAAGGCCGGAAACCGCCGCCGCCGCCUCCUCCGGUGUCCGCGAAAGCGCCCAGAACCUACGAGACCCAGGCAAUCCACCCAACGUGGUCGCCCUGGCUCCCGGUUCAUCAGAUGCCGUGGUAACCAAGCCACCACAACCUCCUAACCUCAAGCAGUCAUCCACGGACAGCCCGAGUAAGAGAGCCCUACGCAACAAAGUGAAACUAGCGGCCAACUUCUCUUUUGCCUCUUCACCCUCUGUCUGA